UCUAACAUUGAAGGAACCCAUCUUCUUUGUUUCUCUCUCCACAACAUUAAAGCCUUUGUUUUUAUAAACAAGUUUCUCUCUCUCUUUUUUUGGGUUUGUGACAGUGAGUGUAGCAGAGCUGCUGAGCUAAAAAAAAACAGGAAGGGGUUCGAACAAAGCCACCCAAAUUCAAUAAAAAGAUUGUUUCAGUAAAAAGCUUGAACGGAGGCCAGAAUACCAAAAGUUGCACAGAAUCUGAAAUGGGUAUCUUUCUCUUACCGCUUUUAGUUUGGUCUCUCUCUCUGUCUGUGUUUCAGAGCUGGGGUUCUGCUACUCUGACUAGGGUUUGAAUGGGGGUGUAUUUAUUAUGCUGAAAUCAAUGGUCUUUGUUUUAAUUGACUGCUCUCCUAGGCUUUUUACCAGCUCUUCUUUGAACUGUCUUUUUUAGUUUUCUGCCUCGGGGAGGGCUUCCUUUAUGAAAUUUGGUACUUCAAAGUUCAGUGGUCUUUGGAAAUGGUAGCUGCUAAAUUGGUGUGAUAUUUUGUACAGUUUUUUUUAGGUACAUGGGUUUUCUUUCACUGUUUUAGCCUUCUUGUGCUCAUUAAUUAAAGUGGAUCUUUCUUGUUCACUUCUUCAAAGCUGUUUUCUUUGUGUACUUUGCUUCACAUGGUACAUGAUUUCUUCUCUUUUUGGCUUUCUGGAGCUUCUGAGGUAAAGUUUUUCAGAGCAGUUUGAGGUUUCUUCAAUUGCAAGUUUUAAAGUGUCCUAUUUGAGCUGAAUUCUACUUCCCGUAGUUACCCUGCUUUUCUUUUUUCUUCUCCUGGUUGAUCCUUGUUUGAAUAUAGAGAUUCAAAUUCAGGUUCUAGGUUUUAAUAAGGGUGAUCAACUUUGGAGGUUUUGGUUGUAAGAGAAAAGAUGGAUAUGGGUGACCAAGACAAAUUUGAAUUAGAGAAUAGGAAUGAGGAUCCUAUGAAUUAUUCACCUGGUAUGGCUCCAGACUGGCGAUUUGGGGGCUCCAAUCUCACAAAUACGUCUGUGGGUUUGGUUUCCACUGGAAAUUCUAUGGCAGUUAGUAAAGGGGAUCUUGUUGGUUCUUCUUCCCGGCCCUCUGCUUCAAUGGUGGACUCUUUUAACCCAACACUUUGGGACCACCCAACCAAUUCACAGGACUUGGGGGGAUUUUGUGACAUCAACGGUCAGACCAGUGCAAGCACUUCAGACACAAUAGGAAUUAGAAAAGGCAUUCCUGUCUCUUUGAGAAGUGGUAUUGAUAGACCCCUUGAGAUGUGUUGGAAUCCACCAAAUUCAAUGUUGAAAGGGGGAAUUUUCUUACCAAAUGGGCCUGGGAUGCUCCCACAGAGCUUGUCUCAGUUCCCAGCCGAUUCUGCCUUCAUUGAGCGUGCUGCGAGGUUCUCGUGCUUCAAUGGUGGGAGUUUUAGUGAUAUGCUCAACCCUUUUGGUGUUCCUGAAUCCAUGAGUCUUUAUUCUAGGGGUGGAGGAAUGAUGCACUGGACACAAGAAGUUGUAGCAGGUAAUGGCUCGAACGCGGUGUCCUGCGCUCAAUCUCAAAGGAAUGAGAUAAAUGGGGGUGAUGCUUCAAGAGAUGUUACCUUGCCUAUUGAGCUUGGGACUACUGAAGGGAGCCCACUGAAGAAUGAGAAGAAAAGUGAGAGUCUUGUGAAAUCUCACGAUGAGGCGAAACACACUGUUGGCGGGUCUGGUAAUGAGUCUGAUGAAGCGGAUUUCAGCGGUGGUGCUGGUCAAGAGGAGCCUUCUAUGUUGGAGGGUACAGGUGUAGAACCUUCUUCUAAGGGCUCUAAGAAAAGGAAAAGGAGUGGGCAGGCCAAUGAACUUGAUCAGGCCCAUGCACAGCAACCUGGUGAAUCAGCACAGGAUGCUUCUGAAUUUCAACAGAAGGGAGAGCAACACCCAGCGUCAACUACCAACAAGACUACGGGAAAACAGAGUAAACAAGGGUCUCAAGCGUCUGAUCCACCAAAAGAAGAAUAUAUUCACGUUAGAGCCCGAAGGGGCCAGGCAACAAAUAGUCAUAGUCUUGCAGAAAGAGUCAGAAGGGAGAAGAUCAGUGAGAGGAUGAAGUUUCUCCAAGAUCUUGUACCUGGAUGCAGCAAGGUUGUAACUGGGAAGGCUGUGAUGCUGGACGAAAUCAUUAACUAUGUACAAUCAUUGCAACGACAGGUUGAGUUUUUGUCGAUGAAGCUUGCAACAGUGAAUCCACGACUGGAUUUUAACAUUGAAGGCCUCCUUACAAAAGAUAUCCUUCAGUCACGGGUUGGACCUUCAUCUACGCUGGGGUUUUCUCCGGAUAUGCCUAUUGCAUAUCCUCAGCUACAUCCAUCUCAAUCAGGACUUAUCCAAGCUGACCUCCCUGGAAUGGGGAGCCCUUCUGAUAUACUUCGGAGAGCCAUGAGUUCCCAAAUGACACCAAUGACCGGAGGAUUCAAGGAGCCAUCUCAGCUUUCAGAGUCUAUAAUGUUACGACUGAACCUUCAUAAUCCUAUAUUUGGCUACAGCUACCCAAUGUGUGGGAGGAUGAGCUCCACAAUGUUGUCCAGAUGAGCUACGGAGCCAGUACUCCCACUGGUAGCCAAGAUGUGGAUGGAUCAGGGACACCAGGCCAAAUGAAAGUCGAACUUUGAUUAUACGAUUCAUAUUUACGCCACGCAACACAUUUAUGGCCCCGUAUAUUUACAAUACUACCUUGAUGAAAUAACAAAAAUCAUGAUAUUCCUUUUAACCGUCACCAAUGAUGAUGAAGAUACCAUCGCAAUGUUUACUGCGAGCUCGGCCAGUUAAAUGUGAGGCUUCUUUGUUAAAUAGGCUGAAAGGUGAAAUUCUUUGUUCAAAGGGGUGGGUUUGCUCUCUGACUUAGGUGACUUUGUGGAUCGAAGAAUGUUGUAUAGAGAUAACAGAGACUACUAAAUAGGGAAGGGAAGCUGCCUUGUAUAAUCUGGAGAUGAGAUGGGCAAAGUGUCAGUUAACAAGAAAUUUGCAAUGAGAAUCUUGGUGAUGUUUUUGUUCGUUUUAGAUUAAGAAGCUGUUUGUAUUGUUUA